GAAUAUAACUUUUUAUAUAGUUUAGAAAAUAAAUUGUUACUCUGCUCUUUAAGUAUAAUAUUGGGCUUAAAAAUAAAAAUCACACGGCAUUGUGAACUAAUUACCUUCCAAUAAACCAAUAAUUAUACGCAUCGAAGCUAAAGUCCAUAAAAAAUUAGCAAUACACAUCAAGUUUAUACUCGCUGUCAGACUUGUAAUAGGGUCCACUUUGAACAGUUUACUGAACCGGACGGUCAAAAACAACCGGCUGAAUCCGGACGACGAUACAAAGGCGUUUCCAAAUCCCCGCGACUUAAGAGAAAUAUUGUCUUUGAUGAAAGAAGUAGACUGUCCGUAUCAAGCAGCCAGAUGGCCCAUGGAAUGUCAGGUCUUAGAUGAUCCCGUGACACACGUGUACACUACACAGAUAAAUCGAGGGCUCGAAAAAGAAUACUUGUACCAGUUUACUGGCAAGGAAAUCCAACCGAAGCAAGUAGGCGAGGAUUCAGGCGAUGUCGUAUACAAAUACUACCCGAUCAGUAGCGUUAACUAUUUCUGUCGAUCGGCUGUCGGGGGAGGUGCAUGUUCGCGAGUCCACUAUGGUCAAGACCCUACUGACUUGUCUUUUGAGUCCCGGUUCGAGUCAGGCAACUUGGCCAAAGUCGUUAAGAUAACCGACACAUACUACGAAUUGUCACUAAGGCCUGAUAUGUACACUGACCGUCACGCGCAGUGGUUCUAUUUUCGUAUUGACAACACUAGAAGAAACAUAAAAUACAGGUUUUCAAUUGUCAACAUGUAUAAACCGGAGAGUCUGUUCGCCGCUGGUAUGAAACCCCUGAUGUACUCAACAGAAGAUGCCUGUCAAGGCAAAACUGGUUGGAGACGUUGUGGCGAAAAUAUAACUUACUACAUGAAUGAUGGACCAAACGGCGACAGCAGUGAGGACAACCUAAGGUACAUACUAUCGUUUCAGUUAGAAUUCCCACAUGACGGAGACCAAGUAUAUCUAGCGUACAACUACCCGUACACGUAUUCGGACCUACAGGACUAUCUGAUAAAGCUCAAGGACGAUCCAGUUAAGGCUUCGUUCACUAAACUUCGGGUGUUAUGCCGUUCACUCGCUGGUAACAACGUCCACUACCUGACUGUUACUGAACCUUGUCGAGAACAGGAAGACCCAAAAAAAAAACAAGUAAUUGUCGUCACGGCGCGAGUUCAUCCAUCAGAAACUCCGUCAUCGUGGAUGAUGAAGGGUUUGAUCGAUUAUCUGACUGCCGACACUCCUCAGGCAAAAGAGUUACGAGAUCGAUUCAUAUUUAAAAUUAUACCAAUGCUCAACCCCGACGGUGUUAUAGUAGGCAACAGUCGGUGCUCAUUAAAUGGUCGUGAUCUGAACCGUCAGUAUCGCAGUGUUAAUCGAGACGCGCAUCCGGUCGUAUGGCAUACCAAACUCAUGUUGCGCAGACUAAUCGAAGAACGACGGGUGGCGUUGUUUUGCGAUUUUCACGCUCAUUCUCGGAAAAUGAAUAUCUUCGUGUACGGUUGUGAAGGCAAAAGUCGUGACGGCAGCAGACUUCGGGAACAAGUGUUUCCGCUUAUGUUGCAUAAAAACGCUCCAGAAAAAUUUUCAUUCGAAGACUGCAAUUUUAGCGUGCAUCGUUCCAAGGAGAAUACGGCAAGAGUAGUAGUGUGGCUGAUGGGCGUGGAAAACAGUUAUACGAUGGAAGCUUCGUUCUGCGGCCCGUCACUGCCGGGCACUAAGGCCGACACGCAUUUCACUCACAAAGACUUCGAAGAUAUGGGCAAAACGUUUUGCGAGACCCUGCUUGACUAUUAUAGCGAUCAUCCACACAAUGAACGAAUGAAACUCAAGAUAUGUACCAGACUAAUGGAACUAGGGUCAAACUCGGAACAACCCAAAAACGUUGAAGUAUCGGAUUACUCAAGUGAUGAUGGCUCGUCUAGCUUGUGUGAGGUAUCCGUUGCCGGUGCUACAGUAAAGACUAGCGAGAAUGAAGAAACCGUUGUUAUUGAUUCACCAACUCCGCCUGUACCUAUCGUGAUGGUUCCACCAAGCACACCUGUGAAACGUCGGAAAUCGAGAAGAAGAAAAAAAAUAGUUUCAAAAGCAAAUAAUAAAUCACAGUCAGAAAAUCUCUCUAAAAACCCAACAUAAGACCUGCUGUGCUACAGAUUUUCUAAAAAAACGUUUUAACUUUUGCUCCCAGUAUCCAUGUUAGUAAUAUAAAAUAUAAGUCCAACUCGAAGGAAAUUCAAAUAAAUAGAUAACUAAUUUAUAAAACAUUUACAAACCUGGCUAAGACUAACAAUAAUUUAAACGAUAUUUAAUGUCUGCAGAUGGCAAUCAAAUCCUGGACAUAAUUCUAUUUUCAAUGGCAAGUUUAGUUAUUGAAUGCUUUCCCUCUAAAUUUUAAGAAACUACCAGUGAUGUAUUUGAGUGAAAUAAUAGAAGCAAUUGCUAACCCCUUAAAGAUUUUUUUGCGAAUGUUUUGGGUAGUAUAUUUAAUUGAAAAUCGUUUAAUGCCCAAUCUUUAUAAUGCCUUUAUUACAAUUAUUUUAUCUUUUUCUAUUUACUUACAAAAUAUUCUAAACACCAAAAUUCUAUGCGAAUCAGUCGAUUAGGAAUCUCAAACAAGUUUUUUUCCAAGCUUCGGCUACUAUAAACAUUAGCUGUUGUUUAUUGGUUUAGGGUUUAGUUGGGUUAGUAUAUGUGCAGAACACGUGUGGUGGUGACAUAGCAUGGGUCACAGCUUAAAAUCCCGGGUGGUCACCCAUCCAGGAACAAGUAGCAACGGACACAACUUAACCUCAGGUUCCGCGUGACAGCUGAAGUAUCUCCACUGUACCACACCAUGUCUCUCUCUCAAAAGUUUUGUAAAGAUUAAAAAAAAAUAAUUCGUGCACCAUAUACACACACAGCUAGGGUUUAGCAGUCACAGUAAUAUUAUUUAAGAGGACAACAUACAAGUUAUUUUUCUCAAAGACAUGCGUUACGGGAAAAACGAUGGUACUAGUAAAUUAAUUUUAAUCCAUUUACCUAAACAGAAGGUACCUUAAGGCAAAAGUUGAAAAUGUUUACCCCUUUUUUUUAAGGAAAAACACUUAAAGACUUUAACACUUUUUUGUGCAAAAAGUACAAUUUUUCAACGUAAAUUUAAGGCAUGCGUAUAAUAUUAUAAAAAAUUGUUGAAUUACUUCCAAAUUUGAAUGGGAUAUUUCUUAGAGUAUAAAAUAUUGAAGUAUUUCAUAUUUUAUUAAAAAUGUGUUCAUUUUCUUUAAAAAUACAAAUAUGUUAGUUUAAUACCUGAUACUGCGUGUAAAACUUUUUCUCUACAUUUAUUAUACCACUAAUAUAUUAAACGACUUUUUUUAAUGUAAAUUUAGCACUACAGCAAAAUGUGACAUUUUUAACGUGUUUGGUAUUUUUGAAUGGUUUUCUAAAAUUGAUUUUAAAUACAAUUGUUUUUAUAUUAUAUUACUUAAUUUCAGUAUUAAUGUAGAGAUUUUAGCUUUUUUAUAUAAAAAAAUUAGAUGUUACGGAUUUGUAUUUUGAUGUUUGACUUUGGAUUCUAUUAAAAAAACAGCGAGAAUCAGACAAAUUUUAGAUUCAGCAAGAAAAAUAGAUGUAGCUUCUUGUUUCAAAAACGCAAUGUACA